UUAUGGUUAGUGGUUAAUGCUGUCACAGAGGUUGCUAGGUUAGUCAACUUAACUGUUAAGCUAGCUUGAGGUAAGUUUAAAGUGUCCACAGAGACAGUUCACUGUCAGGAAGUUAAUAACAAAACUCGAUGAACACUUCCAACCAGAUGGAGGCUUCUCUGGGAUCUCUGCAGAAUCCUGAUCUCAGCUCCGUCCUGUCAUCCUGUGAGCCAGAGCUGCAGGAGCUGAUGCGCCAGAUUGACAUAAUGAUCAAUCAUCAGAAGAGGGAGUGGGAGGCUGACAUCCAGGCCCUGGGGCUCAGGCUGAAGAGCAGAGAAGAGGAGCUGUUUACUUCCAGGAGUCUCAUUGAGAGGAGGGAGCUGGAGAUCGGGCUGCUCCGCAAACAGGUAGAAGACGUCCAGACCGAUCGACAAGAGUUAGUCGCCAAGUAUGAACAACAACUGAAGAAAGUCCGUGAAGAGUUAGAUAAAUUAAAGAGAAGUUACCACAAGCUGCAGCGCAAACAGCUCAAGGAGUCCAGUGGAGGAGCCAAAGACACAGACCUUUCAGAGGUGACCCAGCUGCAGGAAAAACUCCAGGAAUAUCACCAGCGCUCUGCAGAGUGGGAGCAGCAACACAUCCAGCACCAGAAACAGCUGACAGCACUGGAGGCCCAGAAUAAGAGCCUGACCGACGAGCUCACACACGUGAAAUCCCAGUGGGCGUCGGGGCGAAGAGAGAGGGAGCACAGGGAGUGCUGUUCAGAGGCGCAGAGUCUGCGCACUCAGCUGGAGAAGACGCAGAGCAGCCUGCACUCACACGAGCUCGAACUGGAGCGACUCCGACCGCUGGAGAUGUGUCUGGGACAGUACCAGAGAGAGCAGCAGGUGUUUUCAGAGGAGCGGGAGGAACUUCACGCCACGCUGGACUCUCAGGACUCAUUUGUGCGAAGAACCAGUUUGGAACGUCAGAGACUUCGUAACGAGGCUGCGAGACUCAACCGAGUCCUGGAAGCUAAAGAUCAAGUCAUUCGCUCUCUGGAGGACUGUGUCGCGGCGCAGGGCUGCACUGGUGUCCAAACCCUGAGGCAAGAUCUGGAGAGAACUGCAACCAAGCUUCACUGUGCCCAAGGGUGUGAGGUUCAUCUCAAGGCCGAACUGGCCUGUCUCAAAGAGAGGCUGGAUACGGUGACCCGACAGAGAGCUGACCACUCAAAGACAGAGCAGGAUCUGAGAAGCGUAAAAGCCGAGUACGACUCCUCUGUUGCUGAGAUGAAAAAGCUCAGAGAAGAGCUCCAAAGGGCCCAGCAGACUCACAGUGGUGAGGUGGAGGGGAUGAGGAAGGAGGUGUCAAAGCUGACCAGUGAGCUGCACCAGCGCGACCUCGCCAUCGCCUCGCUGAGCGGCUCCUCGUCCGGCAUCAAGCAGCAGCUUCGUGGCGAGGUGGAGCGAGCAGAGCAGAAGGCAGCGGAGCUUAAAAUGACUCAGGCGCAGCUGGAGACUCAACAGACUGAGAACCACCGUCUGAGGGGUCUGCUGCAGAGACUGGAGUCUCAGUCACCCACGAGGGGGGAGUCCUCGCUUGCAUCCCUGAGGGAGAGCUAUGUGUCCAACCUGAGCAGCCUGGAGCAAGAGAAUCAACAUCUGAGGCAGGCGCUCAGUGAGAUGCAGGCCCAGGUUGAGGGGUCCAGCCAGGAUAAAUAUGAACGAGCCCUGCUCUGCCACGGCAUAACUGACCGACCGCAGCCUGCUCAGGACAGGAAUGAAAAUACCAGACGUCACAAAUACCGGGAGGAGAUGAAGGCCUCAAAGGCUAAGCUGCAGGACAACACCACCUGCUAUGAGGGACAGAUCCAGAGGCUCUUUAAAGAGCUGCACACCCUGUCCCAGUCCCCCACAGACCAGCCCUGCAGCCAGGCCCAAGACAGCAGGACUCAUUCAUCAGCAUCCUCCGCCUCCUCUUCCUCCUCCAGCAGCAAGAGACGCACCAGGAGAAACUCGGUGCCGACCUUAGGCUCGAAUGAAUCUGCUGCUGAGGGACAAAGCUCCUGCUCCGAAGACUCUCUGAGUCUCGUGUCCAGAGAAAAAACCGUUCCCUCGACCUCUCCACAGGAGCGUUCGGUAUCGGUGUCACCUGCAGACAGCAUGGUCUCUCGCUUCGUAGAGGAGGAGGUGCUGCGGACCGAGGAGCUGUUCCAGAGACUGGACACCCACAUCGAGAGCUUGAGGGAGAGCAACGUCAGGACCGUGUCCAAGUACCUGCCCAGCGGCUCAGAGCCUGAGUCUGCCCAGACGUCUGUACAGACUGGUCAGUGAUUGAGUGAGGUGGAAUAAAUAUGAACAAAGUGCAUUGAGUAGCAUGUUGCAUUUCUGACAACGUAUUUGUCCUGCACAGCUGAUUAGCUCAGCUUUCUCUGGAUAUGUGUCUGUGUGCAGCCAUAACGAAUUCAAACAGUUUGCCUGUAUGUGCAGUAGUUUAACUGUAAACAUACUGAAGAUGCCAGACGUGUUUGCUCUUGUGCCGAAGAUAUUUUAUGUUACGCUGCGAUCCAUUCCAGCCUGUGCGAGCGCCGAUGUCUGAGUGUUGCACCGUGGGAAAAAAAACAAAAACGAGAUGCUUUCUAUUGGAGCUAACGUUUACAUUUGGUGACAGGUUUCCCGAUCAGCUCGGGGUUGAAAUCUAUCUGGACUUUUAAUAGAUUAAAAUGGCCACUUUUUCUCGUUGGAAGCUGCACAUUCCAAUUUUUCAAGUUGCCCGAAAUGCAUUAUUAAUGUUCGCUUUGCAUUAAAACACCCAGAGAAAGGAAUGUUCCCAUGUGCCAAAGCGGCGUCCGUCCUCCCUGCGAUAACUGUCUGUGAUAACUGAGGAAAUACCACAUAUGUACACGUCUGUCCAGACGUCUCAGACAGCAGGGAGGGAGAGGAGGCAGCUCG